UGAACUUUUGGACAAAAUUAUUCAAGAGUAUGAAGAAAAUGAAAGUGCAACAAUGGGCAAAGGUAAAAGUGGAGACUACUUUAUUGAUGUCUUGAUUGGUCUUCACAAGGGCAAUGGAGAAUUGUCCAUUGAUAGAGAGACUGUCAAAGCUGCUUUCCAGGAUGCGAUUGGGGCAGGAACCGGUACAUCAGCUGGACUUCUAAGCUGGGCAAUGACGGAGCUCAUAAAACAUCCAGACAUCAUGAAGAAAGUUCAAGACGAAGUACAAGGGAUCGUGGGCGAAAGACAGUGUAUGACAGAUGAGGACUAUGAGAAAAUGGAUUAUGUGCGAGCUGUCCUAAAGGAAACAUUGCGCUUACAUCCGACAGUCCCUCUCACCCUCCGAGAGACCACUGAAUCUUUCACACUUAGGGGAUACGAAAUUCCAGCCGGCGCAUUCCUUUGGGUCAACUUUUGGGCAAUACACCGGGAUCCUACUAAUUGGGACGAGCCGGAGAAUUUUAAGCCUGAAAGGUUCUUGACUUCUUCGGGGGAGUAUCAAGGGUACUUCCCCUUUGGGUUCGGACGGAGGAUCUGCCCCGGAAUGUCCUUCGCCUAUGCGACAACGGAGCGCGUGCUCGCGAACCUUGUGCACAAAUUCGAGUGGCAGUUGCCUAAUGGAAUGAAGCCUAAGGACAUGGACGUGUCCGAGAAAGUUGAUACUAUGACACUAGAGAGGAAAGUUCCAUUGAUGCUUAUGGCCAAGAAACGCUUUGCUUAGGGUAACAUUGUUAAGUUUUUUGUCUUAAGCCCUCAAACUAGUAAUAAUAUGCAACGCUAC